UCAUGGGGCUCUGUCGGGCCCGGCCCUGCCGCCUGCUGCUGCCGCUGCUCCUGGUGCUGUGCGCGGGGACCCUCCUCUGCUGGUACCCCAGGGCGAUGCAGAGACACCCCGGGCCCAGGGACCGAGCCAGGACCAUCUUGCCCCCACAUGUAUUCUCAACACUAAAGCAGCAGAGUGCCUGGACCAGAAAGCCCUGUCAGCACUCCCUUCCUGGGGCCAUCCAGAGGCACCCCCGCUUCCAGAGACUCUUCAACCUCUCCAUCCCAGUGCUGCUGGCGGGGAAUCUCUUCACCCCGGAGCUCUGGGUCAACCUGAGCCAACGCAAAGCCCCCUAUGGCUGGCAGGGCUUUUCCCAUCAAGCCAUCGCCUCCACCCUCAGCCUCCUGAAUGGCUCAGACAGCACGGAGCUAUUUGGGGGUUCCCAGGAACCGCGCCCCCCCUGUGUCCGCUGCGCUGUGGUGGGCAACGGGGGAAUCUUGAAUGGUUCCCACCAGGGCCCCAACAUCGACGCCCACGACUAUGUCUUCAGGAUUAAUGGCGCCGUGAUCAGAGGCUUUGAGCAGGAUGUGGGGACCCGGACCUCCUUCUACGGCUUCACCGUCAACACCAUGAAGAACUCGCUCAUCACCUAUCAGAAUCUGGGCUUCACCUCUGUGCCCCAAGGCCAGGACCUGCGCUACAUCUUCAUCCCCUCGGACUUCCGAGACUACGUGAUGCUCAGAUCAGCCCUGCUGGGCCAGUGUGUCCCUGAAGGCCGAGACGAAGGGGACAGGCCUCAGACUUACUUCGGACCAGAAGCCUCUGCCAGGAAAUUCAAACUCCUGCAUCCUAACUUCAUUAGCUACGUGACAGAGAGGUUUUUAAAAUCCAAGCGCAAGGCUAGAUUUGGAGACGUAUAUAUGCCGACAACCGGGGCUCUCAUGCUGCUCACAGCUCUGCACUUCUGUGACCAGGUUAGCGCCUACGGAUUCAUGACCGCCAACUACCAUGAGUUUUCUGACCACUACUUCGAUCGCGUCAAGAAGCCGCUGGUUUUCUAUGUGAACCACGACCCACUGCUGGAGGCAGAGCUUUGGAGGUCUCUGCAUGAGGCAGGCAUCCUCGGACUGUACCAGCGGAAGCCUUCAGAGGUUCAUCUGGGACUGGACAUCCUGUCUCCUAGGCAGGAGCCUUCCACACCUGUGCCAGGGCCAUAAGGACCAGGA